AUGUCGUUCUCUUACAAUGCUUCACCUGGCAGACCAUGCUUUCGAUUUAUUAUGAACAUGUAUGAAGCUGUCACUGGUCAUCCAUUGCAUUUCCGAUACGUAUACGGCCAAACCACACUUUCGACCCUAAACGAAGUCGUGAUUACUGGUGUCAUUUAUUUUGUUGUCAUCUUUGGUGGUCAACGACUGAUGGUCAAUCAUUCCGCUUUUGAACUGCAAAAGCUGUCGCGUAUCCAUAACCUGCUAUUGACGCUGGCCUCGGGACUUUUGCUGGUGCUCCUCACCGAACAAAUCGGACCUCUCCUGUACCAUCAAGGAUUUUUCCAUGCCGUGUGUGGAGACGAUUCGUGGCAUUCUCCUUUGGACCUGUUGUAUUAUCUCAAUUAUUUGCUAAAGUAUUGGGAACUUUUGGAUACCGUGUUCCUGGUGCUGAGAAAGAAACGACUAGAAUUCCUUCACUAUUUCCAUCACAGCAUGACAUUGCUUCUUUGUUUCAUUAUUCAGAACGAGCAACCCGGUGCGACUUGGGUGCCGAUUGUGUUGAAUCUUUGGGUUCAUGUUCUUAUGUACUAUUAUUAUUACCGUACAGCGGCGGGGGUUCACAUUUGGUGGAAAAAGUACCUGACCACCAUGCAAAUCACCCAAUUUGUCUUGGACUUGACGGUCAUUGUAUUUUGCUCCUACACGUAUUUUGCCAGUCAUUAUUUUCCCAGGAUGCCACAUCUAGGCCACUGUACCGCCACGGACUUUUCUGCUAUAUUUGCACCCGCCUUGCUCGGCUCUUACUUGGUCUUGUUCAUCAAUUUCUACCGUCUCACCUACCAAAGCAAACAGAGUCACCGAAGAAAAAGGCUGGCGGCAGACACCAAGUCGUUAUAA